AUGGGAAACAAACUUAGGAAUGCUCUCUUUGAAAUAUAUGUUAGUGAAAAACAUUAUGUUAAGGAUAUUAAAAUGUGGUAUAAUGAGUUUAAAAACUUGAUUUUAGAGGCAAAUUUUAUCAAUACUAGUAAAAGAACCUGGUUAAACGAAUAUAUUUUUGGUAAUUUGGGUGAAAUAGUCGAUUUGCAUGUAGAAAUAUUUGAUGAUAUGAAAAAGUUAUAUAUAAAGAUGAAUUUAAUAGAUCAGAAUACAAAUGAUUUAAAUUAUAAAGUUAAUGUUGAUCUUGAUAUAUUAUGUAUAGGUCAAUUAAAAAUUUUUAUCAAGAAAUUUAAAAGAUUUGAUGAGUAUAUUGACUAUUUUAAAAAUUUACCUCACGCUUUGGAUGAAUAUGAAAGGAUGUAUUACACAGUGGGAAUGUUUAAAAAACUAGUUGAUAAAUUUUUAAGGAAGAGAGGAGUGUUUAAUUUAGGAUCAAAAAACUUUAUUUUAAGACCUAUAAAUAAGUUAUUAAGAUAUCCAUUAUUGUUAGAAUCUGUUUUAGAUAAAUUAAAAAAUAAAGAUUUAAGUAUUAUAUGUAAAAAUUUGAUAAAACACUUUGAUGUUUUGAUAGAAAAAUCUAAUUAUAAAUAUAAAGAAUGUUUAGAUACUUUAACAAAGUUUAAUAUUUUAUUGAUGUACAGAUUUAAGAAUUUAUCAGAUUUGUAUCCAAUAGGGUUAUUGUAUAAAAAUUAUACAUCAAUAGAAUAUAAAUUGACUAUAAGAGGAAGAUUGCCAAGAGAUAAGCUUAUUAGAAAAAAGUACGUUAUAAUUUUAACAAAUUGUAUAUUAAUUUGUAAAGAGAAUGAAAAUAAGUUUGUUAAGAGAAUUAUUGAAACUAAACCACUCUUUUUUUCUCAGGUAUUUUUAGAAGAGAAAAAUUCCGAUAAUGAAUUUCAAAUUUUGAUCAAUGAUAUAAAUAAUAAAAAAAGACUCGUAACAUUUUAUUUCAAUAACUAUGAAGAAAGACAACCAGUAAGUAACUUGUUAAAGAAAUUAAUUUAUAAAACAAAAACAAGGUUGUCUAAUCAAUUUAAAUUGAUAAAACUAAAUUACAUGCCUAAAGAUGAAAUUAUUUCUUCCUUUAAAAUUGAUAGUUAUUUCUUACCUAAACGUGAUUUUGUUAUUAAAAAAGAACAAGAAACCUUUUCUGAUAUAAGUUUUUCAAACAUUGAUGAAAAACUAUAUUUUAAUAAGAUAAAUCAAAAACGUAUAUAA